AGUCGCGCUGAGCCAGGGCCGGGGAAGGUCUGAGCAAAUCGCCGAGGCUAGCGGGUCCGGCGCGCCUCCUCGGCCACUAUGAGCUGCACGAUCGAGAAGAUCUUGACGGACGCCAAGACGCUGCUGGAGCGGCUGCGCGAGCACGAUGCGGCGGCCGAGUCGCUGGUGGACCAGUCGGCCGCGCUGCACCGGCGGGUGGCGGCGAUGCGGGAGGCGGGCGCCGUGUUACCCGAGCAGUAUCAAGAGGAUGCACCCGACGUGAAGGACAUGUCUAAAUAUAAACCUCACAUUCUGCUGUCUCAAGAGAAUACCCAGAUUAGAGACUUGCAGCAGGAAAACAGAGAGCUGUGGGUUUCCUUGGAGGAGCACCAGGAUGCGUUGGAACUGAUCAUGAGCAAGUACCGGAAACAGAUGUUACAGUUAAUGGUCGCUAAGAAAGCAGUGGAUGCCGAGCCAGUUCUGAAAGCACACCAGUCUCACUCUGCUGAGAUUGAGAGUCAGAUUGAUAGAAUCUGUGAAAUGGGAGCCGUAAUGCGAAAAGCCGUUCAGGUGGACGAUAACCAGUUCUGUAAGGUUCAGGAGAGACUAGCUCAGCUGGAGCUUGAAAAUAAGGAACUUCGAGAGUUAUUGUCCAUCAGCAGUGAGUCUCUUCAGGUUGGAAAAGAAAGCUCUGUGGCUCCUGCCUCUCGGGCCAUCAAGUAACUGGACUUCCGAAGGCUGGUACAGCUUGCCCGUCAAGGCGGGAAGCCGAUCCCUCUCCUCUCUAGCCGUGUCCAAGAGUCCUGUCGCAGAUUUGACUUGGUAUUGGUUAGAGGUAUGGGGUGGCAGUUUAGAAUUGCCACUUGGUAUUAUUCAUUGUCCACUAACUAGUUUGGGGUGUACUAGUGAAACUAGACAAGCCUCCCAUUGCUGGGACAGAGCCGACAUUGUCACUCUAGUCCGGAAUCUCUAUAAACUGUUACCUG